AUGACGCACGCGGCCUCGAAAGACGACCUACGCGCCACCACGCUCUUCUCCUUCACCGAACAUGUCGUCCUCGUAACGGGCGGCGCGACUGGCCUCGGAGAGAUGGCCGCACAAGCCUUCGUCCAAAACGGCGCCCGCGUCUUCAUCGCCUCACGCAAAGAAUCCGAACUGCGCUCUACUACUGACCGCCUCAACGCGCUCGGCCCAGGCCGCUGCUCCUAUAUUGUCGCGGACCUGAAGGACAAAGCCGGAUGCCUAGGUCUCUGUGAAGAGUUGAAGAAGCAGACGGAUAGGUUGACGGUGUUGGUGAACAAUACGGGGGCGAGUUGGGGAGACGAUUACUAUAACUAUCCAGAGCAUGCGUGGGACAAGUUAUAUGCACUGAAUGUGAAGAGCAUAUUUUACAUGACGGUGGGGUGUGAGGAAUUGUUGACCAAGGGGGCUGAUAUGCACAAUCCCUCCAGAGUCAUCAAUAUCGCCAGUAUGGCUGGUAUCACGACUGUGGAUGUUACGACCGGAGAGGGAGGUGGAUUGAGUAAACCAGGGACUGGCACAUUCAGUUACGGUCCAGCGAAAGCCGCAUGCAUCCACCUAACCAAAAUGCAAGCCUCGAAACUCGCCCCCAAGAAUAUCAUGGUCAACGUCAUCUGUCCAGGAGUCUUCCCCAGCCGUAUGACGAAUUUCGGCUUGGAGAAAUACGCUGAUGCGUUGACGUCUGGACAGCCAACUGGCAGGAUCGGCAAACCUAGUGACUUUGGUGGGCUGGUGCUCUUCUUGAGUAGCAAGGCUAGUGCGCAUAUCACCGGAAACGCCGUGGAGAUGGAUGGAGGUGCAACCUUAACAGGAUGGCGGGGGAAGGUUGGUGGUGGGGAUAGUAAAUUAUGA